AUGUCGCAGUCACCGGACAAUGUUUCUGCAACAGGAGCAGGCCCUCCGGCUCCGUCACAAGCAGCUCAAGAGGCUUCUCCUGCCCGAAACUCCCGCAGUGUUUCUGCCAUCCCACAACUGUCCAGAUCUCGCAAAAAUAGUCAGGAGUUCAGCCCGACACGAAGCAGUGCUGGCCCACACACUACUGUGCCUUCCGCGGCCGCGGUUCAGCGAGCGCUCUCGGCACAGAGGCCGAUAUUGCAGCCCUCGAGCGCUGAAGGCAUGUUUGAAGGCGCGAGAGCUUCCGACCACAGGCAAUUGAGAUCAGGCCCAAACUCGCCGUCUUGGCCUACCUCGCCUCGCUUGAAAUCUCCUCCCCCUUCCAAAGUAGGAACAAGGUCCUACCCAGCCAAAAGAAAUGACGUCGAGCACGCGCAGUCCAAUACAUCACUGAAAAGACUGGUCACGGUGUCAAAUCCCGAACAGGCUGCCGCCUUGCAUCUGCCCGAUGGCCAAGAACCGACAGUUUCGCUGUCUACAGUACGAGCUUCAGGCAGGGGGCCAAGUGCCGGUGGAGGUGCUCUGGAGACUGUCGCCGAAAGCAGUGUGCCUUCGACACCGUCAAUGGGCCCCGUUGUUACCACGCCGUCCGGCCCAAAGAUCGACGUGCAGGAUCUGGACAAAUCGGCCGAGCCGCAGCCUGGUCCCCCCGCGAGCAAAGAGAACGAAACGAGUGGCGGCGACGGGAAUCCGAAGGCACCGGCAAACAAGGCAGAAAAUGGGCCUAGAUCAAGAGCUCCGAGCGGCUCGCGACCUGCCUCCGAGCUAGCAAAGCGAUCCUUCACCAGCCUUACUGGUGCCAAACACAAACCGGCCACUGAACCUCCUAGAACUAUGACGGUCGAAACCGAGACUGUCACCUCGAUGCCUCAACUGUUGGGUCCGGACCGAGGGACCUCCGGCAGGGAUGCAAACGGAAGUGUCCGAACAAAACCAAGCAAUGAAACGAUCCGGCCCAAGAAAGAAAAGAAGAAGUCGACUCGUAAGGCGCCAUCGUUACAUGCAGGCACUGUCACUUCCAAAGCCGACCUAUUCGAGGCUAAGGUUGCAAGCGCCGUUGACGAGGCCGAUUCUUCGGAUUCAGAUGAGACUUUUGUGUACGAGUCCAACCCACCAGACAACCGCCCCAGUCGCCAUCAUUCACGGACCCCGAGUGCCACCUCGCUAGCGAGUCAAGAUCAAUACGGCGUCCGCAGUAAGCACGGUGUCCGAAGCGGCAGCCAUGCAAUAGCCGGCAAGAAGAGCAUGAAGUUUUCCAACAGUGCCUACAACAAUCAUUUGGAUGGGGAAGCCAGUGUGGAAGGGCGAGCAACUCAACGCAACUCAAGCACGACGCCUCGCCAUCAUCAUAUCAGCAGACAUGGACGGCCCCAUCAUACUUCUCUCUUCGACGCAGACUCGCCUUUCGCUCAAAACAGCAAGGCCAGUUCACCACGGAGCUCGGCCAAUAAUUUGUCCCGAUUCUCCAGGCCGAAUAGUCCCAGGCUGUCCAACGGUCGGUUGCCUAUGAGUACACGGAAGGGAGAACCGUUCGACCCCUAUGACGAUGCUGCAGACGACGAACGUGCUCCUCUGAUAGGAUCAGUACGCAUCACUCGUGCCCGACAUAGUCGUCGACCCCACAGCGCCACACUGCGGCAGUUUGACUUUCCGGAUGACGAUGACCCAGGCUACUGUGGACGAUAUGGGGGUUGCAUUUUUCUGGGGUUUGUUGUCGUCCUGGUGUGUGUCGGCGUCACGGCCUUUGUGAUGGCGCUAAACCGACCCCUGGCGGAUGUGUCUAUCAAGCACAUUCAGAAUGUUCUUGCGUCAGAGCAAGAACUGAUGCUGGAUCUCCACGUGGAGGCGAUCAACACAAAUCUUUUUGCCAUCACUGUCAACGACCUAGACGUCAAUUUGUUCGCGGAAAGUCCGUACGUGGGCACGGCCGCGGACGGAGCGAAUGCAAAGGGGUCACUCCGGUGGGGGCAGCGACAAAAUUCCAGCAGCUCGACACUUACAUGGCCUCCCUGGCAUACUCAUGACGGGGUGGAUGAGGGCACCGACCCUAUCGACGACCCAGAAUCCGGGACCCAGAAAAUGCUGCUGGGAAGAAUUCUAGAAUUCGAUUCUCCAUUGGUAUUCGAAGCCUCACCUUUACGACGCACCCUCAGCUCGUCUGUCGGGGAAAUCCGGCUAGCGAAGCCUGGUAACAAGACGGAAGAGGGAGGGUCCGCUCGCUGGGAGAGGGUCUUGCAGCACCAGUUUGAUUUGAUCGUCCGGGGAGUUAUCAAAUAUCAGCUCCCUCUGAGUUCCAAACCAAGAUCUGCGAAGAUUGGAGGCCGAGUUCAAGUCCUGCCAAGUGACGGCGGAUCGGACAAGAAACCCUGA